UGCAUUUAACUGAAGAGACUAUAAAUGAUGGCAUUAGAUAUACCUGGUAGCAUUUUCUGAAUGGAAUCAGUGACCUAUAUAAUGUCGAAUUUUAUAUGCGAAUACCGUUUGAUGUAGGCAACUAACUUUCAUAAGAGCAAUCAUUGAGUGACGAGAAUCUCGCUGCAUAGCCGCGAUUAGAGAAAUCAUAGGAUGAUACAAUAACGUUGUUAGGUACAUUUCAUCAGAUUUCGUAACAGCCGCUAAUGAUUAUAUGUACCUAUCAAGAAAAUACCCUGCGGCGCGAUUUUCGUUCUUGUACACAAAAUUAUCAUUGUACCGUGUGUAACAAUGAUUUUAGGUUAGACGAUUGGACGAACUAUACAUGUCAUUUUGAUCUACACUAUAGUAAAAGAUGCAUUCACUUUAAAAAAUCAUUGCAAUUCAUUCACGUUUGCUUUAUGAUUUGACCGUAUCAUUCACGUCGCUUAAAUUUUUAUGAUGGAUCGGUCGCUGACACAUCUACGUACUCAAUCUUCAGUGAAUCGGGUCACGGAUUACAAUGUCGACUAUGAAGAAGAUGGCCUCCUCUUCUUGAUUACAUCAUUAAUUGCCGAAUACAGAUCACUUUCGCCAGCCUCUAUUCCAAAGGCUACCGCGAGGAGUCUAAAUUAUUUUCUUUUUUUUCCACUGGUGGGGAAGAAUCGUUUAAAACCUUACGGACUUGGUCCCCAGAAAGAGAUCGUAUAUAAAGGAGAUGAUUUUUGAGAAGAACAUCAAACAUCAGCUAGCAUCUUUCGGUAAAGCAAAUAGUUUUAACCAGACCACAAUGGCCUUCAAGUGCGCUGUCGUAAUCCUGUCUGCCAUUUCCGUCAUUCAGGCGCAAAACGGAUAUCCAAGGGAUAAUCCAGCGAGACAGCUGGAUUACAGCCAGGGUUACGCUAAUAAUCUUCUCAGAGAUAACGAGGAGAUGUCCGGUGGUGAGAUACCCGGUGAACCCGGCAAGGACUACCCGACCUUCUACGAAGUCCCGGAAACUCGUUUCGAUUGCCAACAGCAACAAUAUCCUGGAUAUUACGCAGACACGGAAGCUCAGUGUCAGGCUUUCCACAUAUGUCAAAAUGGUGGACGUAAGGACUCCUUCCUCUGUCCCAACGGCACACUUUUCAAUCAGGAGCGACUGGUCUGCGAAUGGUGGAACCAGGUCGACUGUUCUCAGGCUCAGAGUUUCUAUUCCAUUAACGAGAUCAUCGUCAAGGCGAUGGAGGAGGCUGAAAGACAAGCCGCUGAGAGAAGAGCUUCUGGAUACCGUUAUGACUCUGCCGGUAAUCCGAAUGGUCAUCGUGGGGUUGGUAGCACUGCUCGUCCCCAGAAUGAAUUCGACAUCAUAUCCGUAGAGACACCCGCCAUUCGCAACCCCGUCGCAUCCAAAUUCUCUCAACACGGAUCCCCACGUCCGGUUAAUCCAUUUAACUCAGAUCGUCCUGUUCCUAAAAAAAUCACAGCUCGUCCCCUUAAUCCUGUUUAUGGAGUCCCGGAAGUUCCUCAGGGUACCCAAGGACCUGCCUUCAACAAGCAAAGCGGCAUUGCCCUUCCGGAUAACAGCCAAAUCACCGCUGCGAAUUUUCGAAACCAGCCUAGUGGCCAUCAAGAAAUUGAAGAAAUAAACCGCGAGUAUCUUCCCGCUUAAAUUUGAAAAUCGGCACAACCAAUUUUCCGACAACUAAUCUCUUGACUUUUCAAUGUAUCACUAAUUAUUUAUUCUCAACCGGCUACUGAUGUGUACACGCAGUCUUGUAUAUAUGCUUUAUUGUAUAUUAAUUUAUUCACACAAAUGAAUAGUGGAUCUCAGCGCUCAAUAAAGACAACAAAAAUUUUAUGCAAUUUA